AUGCCAGACCAACUUCUGGCUGCCAUUAAAAGCGUAUAUGGUUCGGCUACGGCUCUACCAACGACAACUCUCGUGCUGCCAUUAAAGGCGGAGAAGGUGAAACCAGUGAAGGAUCAGCUUUCAAGMGUACAUCCUGAAGUGUUAUUAUUUCUUUCCAAGAUAAAGCGCCUUUCAGUCAAGGAAGAUAAUGAGGAUCCUAGCCUCAAAACUGUGAACGCAAUAUCUAUCUCCAAAGAGAUAAACUUUGUUACUUCGAAGAGCAUGGAUGCUGAUUCCUACACUCUUUAUCUUACUGCUGAAGAUAUUGGUGAUGAAGUUGACGGAGAAUGUGGCUACCAUAUGUGGAAACAAAGAUUUCCUGUGAAGGAGGAGUAUAAAGUUGAUGYUAGAAUGGAAGUAGAGGAGUGGGUWAUCACACUGGCUUUUCCAAUUGGGAGAAGACUCAAAAGAGGGUCAAGCUUACCGGGUAUCUAUUCAUUUUUACCCACUGAGACGAUCACAAACUUUCCCUUCAUAAUCCAAGCUGAUUUUCUCUUGGCAUCAUCAAGGGAAAAUAUCCUCUGGGAUAACAAAYGGAACAAGGGAAUUCUCGAUUGUGUUCCCAUUGCCUUUUUAAAUGCGUUCACGCAACUGGUGAAGUCCACCGAAGAUGCUCCUGUUUCCAGUCUCCCCAAUAUGUUUUGGUUUUUACCCAUCAGUGAAUCAUCUCAUUCAAAACUGAACCUUGUCCGGGAUGCAAUUAAAACCAAAGUAAUGAAUGAGACCAUCGUUCCUUGUGAGUCAUACACUGGUCAAAAGUUGUUCCGUAAGCCCAAUGAAGUUGGUAGGCUGAAGCUUUCUUUUUGGAGCAUAUUGAACAAAGCCCGGCAACAAGGCGUGAAAAUCAGUGAUAUUUCAUCCCAUGGAUCUUAUAUUCUUGCCUCUUCUUUUGACAAAGCGGAGUACGACGCUGUUCUAGACUUUCUUGAAAUCCAAUCUGUAGAUAAUGAAUGGUAUGCAAAAUGCAUAUCUGGUUCCAACCUCGUUAUGGGCGUGUCCGAGGAUCUUUACAUACAGCUUCUGGUAUUCAUUGCUGAGGGUUGGGGGUCGUUUCAUAACACGGACAUCAAAAAUAUACCAAUCAUAAAGUAUGUUGGUAUGGAUGGGAAACGAGAUUUCUUCAAAAUCAAUCAAGUUUCACAGGGAGCUGGAAUGAAGUUGCUUGCUGUGGAUUCUUCUCACAUCGUCUCGUGGCUGAUUGAUUGGAAUACUGAAUUUCGUUGUUCAAAGGGCCAGUUUUUUUUGCCCAGAGACAUGCAAGAUGCCAUCGGAUGGUGUUUGACGAAUCAUACGUUAAAGAAGUGGCUAAGAGAUGUGGUUAAAGUUAAUUUCAUCAGUGUUCGUGAAUAUGCUGAGGGUCUUAGUCCUCUCAAUUAUGACCGAAAGCUGGCUGUUACCUAUGCCCAUUUUCUUUAUAGCUCGCUGGAAAAGCAGUAUCUGAUGAAGCAUGAGGUUGGGAAUCUGUGUGUUAACAUGCCGAUCGUUGAUAACUACGGGGUAGUAAAUGUAACAAGAAGUGGGGUUUUAGAACCUUCCAAUGGAAGCAAUUGGAUUAAACUUUUCGGUAAUAAUCCUUGGAGACAAGAUGGUUAUGUUGAGCUUGGAUUAGAUUAUACCCAACAGAAGAGUUAUGUUGGUAUUUCUACAUCUGGCAUUGAACUACUUUCAUUUCUUAGAAAGUAUGUAAAAGCCUCUGAUCUCCCUUAUUUACCUCCCCCUAAUGUUCCCAUUCCUACUUUGUCUUCCCACUUGGGUAAAGACAACACUUUUCUCCUUCUAAACUGGCUUCAGCAUUUAAGGACAAAAGGGUCUAGUUUGCCGGAAAGGUUUAUGUCAUCCAUUAAAAAUGGAUGCUGGUUGAAGAUCUCUUUGAGCCGCAGUUCUGGCCACAGGCCUCCUUCAGAAUCUUUCAUGCUAGACUCGAAAAUCGGUCGACUUCUACAGAAUGGAUCGGUGUURGUUGAUAUCCCGUUGCUAGAUGAGAGUUUUUACGGAGACGAGAUAAAAAACUACAAAGAGGAGUUACGAAUAAUCGGUGUUCGGUUUCAUGAUAAAGAUGCUUGUGAGUUCAUUGGUAAGCGGCUCAUGACGCUUACAGCUUCCUCAAAGCUUACUAGAGACAAUGUCCUUUCAAUGCUGAAGUUUAUUCGGUAUCUGGGAGAAAAUUAUCUCUCUCCAGAAAACCUCAUCAAUAGCAUCAAAGGAGAAAAAUGGCUUAGAACAUCUAAAGGUGAUAUGUCUCCAUCCAACUCUGUAUUGUUGUCUCAAGAAUGGACUGCUGCUUCACAAAUAAGUGAGAUUCCAUUCAUUGAUCAAGAUUACUAUGGCGAAGAACUACUUUCUUUCAAGAAAGAACUAAAAAUGCUGGGUGUUUUGGUGGAAUUCAAUCAGAGUUACCAGUUUGUUAUAGACAACCUCAAGUCUUCAUCUUCGUUGUCUUCAGGAGAAUGCAUGCUGUGA